AUGUGACUCGUGUUUACGUUCUUUCACUUCCGCCUUCCGUUUCUUCGCCUCAUGUGAAUGAGAAGGCGAUAGCUUGAAAUCUCGGCUACAUUUGGCCCGCAGACUUCCAGAAACGAGCCUCUCCCCUCACCGCCGCCCCGAGGCGUCGUCCUGUGGGCCACCGAACCGCUGAAGGCCCGCUGGCAGUCAUGGCGGCCGGGGAACGCUCGCCGCUUCUGUCCGAGCACUUCGACGGGACAAAUGGUUUGUCGCCCUACGGCAUCUCGGUGGUGCUGGAUGAGCCCCCGCCCCCCUACUCUCCUCAGGGUAGCCCGGAGAACAGCAGUGCUCCUUUCAUCAGCUGUCGCGUUUGUCAGGGUGCCAUUUCUGUGGAAGGCAAGAUGCACCAGCAUGUGGUGAAGUGCAGCAUCUGUAACGAAGCAACCCCAAUCAAGAACCCCCCCGCCGGGAAGAAGUACGUUCGCUGUCCGUGCAACUGUCUGCUUGUCUGCAGGGUCACAUCGCAGAGGAUUGCGUGUCCACGACCUUACUGUAAACGAGUCAUCAACCUGGGCCCGGUUCACAUGGACAGGGAUAGUCCGGAACCGCAGCAUCAGCCUGUCGGCAUCCGAGUCAUCUGCGGUCACUGCUCCAGUCCGUUCCUGUGGACAGAGUUUUCGGAUCGGACUCUGUCCAGAUGUCCACACUGCCGGAAAGUCUCCUCCGUUGGCCGGCGGUACCCUAGGAGGAGAAGCCUGCUGUGCCUCCUGGUCUUCAUUGUGGUCGCCGCCGCCACCGCGGGACUGAUGGUCGGAACGUGGCGGACUGCACGGGACUCCAAAGGGAUCUACGCCACUUGGGUUCUGCUCAUCCUCAUUGCCGUGUUCGUCUUAGCCAGGACCAUCUACUGGUGGUGUCUGAAAAUUAGCCAGCCCAUCACCAACAUGACUUAAGAGCACAUAUCAACUUUUAAAAUGUUUAUAUAUUAAUAUCCAAUGUAACUUGUUGGACACAAAUCCAAUGUGACCAAGGUGAUGAUGAAACCAAUCCAGUUUAUAUAUGCUAGGCUAUCUGAACAAAACAUCCACAUCUUAGCUUAACCAUGAAGCUAAUUAGUGUAAUACUGUAGCUAAUGAUAUUUUUGGACCACUGGUUUACAAAGUGAUGCUGCCCUCUUCUGACUAAAACAUGUUUGUACUACUACUGUUAAUUUGUACAUUGUCAAAUUAAAUAAUACAUUCAA